AUGCCUCCUCGUCAACGUGCACGUACGCCGGAGACCCCGACGAACGAACAGCUUGCCCAGAAUCUACAUCAGCUCACACAGACUAUGCAGACCCUCAAGGAGCGGAGAGUAAAGCUUGCAACGUUCUACUUCAGCCACGAGGCCGACUUGUGGUGGAUACAUGAGGGCCCAGCUUGUCUCGAGGAACCUGGCUUUGAUUGGACUGCCCUGAAGGAUCGGAUGCGUGAACGGUUCUACCCAGCGCAUGUUAGAGCUGCAAUGUAUGAGGAAUUCCUACAUCUUCAACAAGGUUCUUCAUCAGUGGUUGAGUACCACAAGAGGUUCCUAGAGCUUGCACGCUUCGGCCGGAUACUCGUCCCAACAGAGCUCGCCAAAGCUGAGAAGUUCGUAGCUGGCUUGAACUACGAGGCACGAAAGGCUCUAACCGUGAGUAGGCCGAGUUCUUUGAAGGAAGCAUACUUGAGUGCUGCAAAUUUGUAUCGUGUUCAGCAGCUUCAACGUGGAUCUUAUGAGUUUGCAAGAAAGAGGACCGAGAGUGGAGGCUCUUCCAACCAUGGAAAAUAUCGGUGUUAA